UUGUCUCACAGGCGGAUGGCGGUCGAUGAGCAAGGAAUCGUCAGACCCCACUCGACGGAUGAGAGUCUCUGGGAUCAAGGUACAUCCAUGAGCGCGGAUGCGAGUGUUCUGUCAACCAGGCACCCUAGAAAGAAUGAACUUGAACAGGUUUCGACUUGGACUUGGAAUUCAGACCGGACGAACUAAAGAGAAGCCAAAAAACAAAAUAAUAAUACUCAAACACUCAACAAGGCAUCACUGCUUCAACCACGAUGAAAUGUGCCUGGCAGUGGAGAAGGGAGAAGAACUAAAGGGCGAGCCCGCUACCCCACAUGCACUUUGCAGUCAUGUACUCCGUACGGAGGUCCAUUUUAAAAGUUAUUGCUCGCCAAGAAAGGGGCUUGAUUAUAUAAGUCGUUCGAAAGCCGAUAGCACGGGCAGUAGGGUGUCUAGCCAACGGGCGGGUACUACGCGCGGUAAAUCGAAUGCCCGGCGCCCUUGCCUCGAAUUAGGCUCUAUAAGACCUGAAUUAAAUGCCCAGUUGAUAGGCAGUCCAGUGCCCGUGGCAUAGGCUCUCGAAACUGAUUAAUAAUCACGCCACUUCCUCGGCGAGCAAUAACUUUUGAAAUGGACCUCCGUACUAUACAUACUACGGUAUCAGCGCCCAGCAGAUCAUGAAUUGCUAGGAUAGGUAGUAAAACAGGGGCUGACUCUUUCUUGAGUCUUGAUGGUGAUCCGCUGUUUCGCAACGGUGACCCUGCGGGAAUAAAUGCAAAGAAUUAAUCCGGCAAUAAUCGUAAUUUUAGCGCAUUAUUGUUCAAGCAUUUAGCCGUCCUGACAUCCUGGCUCUUGCUUCGAAAGUUCGAAUU